AUUUGAGGUUCUCAGCAGCUUCGAGAUGCACGGGUCGCUCUUUGUUUGCUGUAGUUUUCUACUACUGUGGCUGUCUUUAGGAAGUGCCUAUGAGGUGCCAAAGGCCACUAUUCAGGUCUUCUAUCCCAAAGGAUUUGAGGUAUCCAUACCACAUGAGGAAGGCAUUACACUCUUCGCUUUCCAUGGCAAACUCAACGAGGAAAUGGACGGUCUGGAAGCAGGCUUUUGGGCUCGUGACAUUGUCAAGAUGAAGAAUGGACGUUGGACUUUCCGGGAUCGUGAGGCAAAGCUAAAACCAGGUGACAUAUUAUACUAUUGGACCUAUGUUAUCUACAACGGCUUAGGUUAUCGUGAGGACGAUGGCGUGUUCUCUGUAACUGCUUACAAUGCAAGCAAUCCGAUACCGACUCCGGCCGUACUAGUGGACCCAAAUCCCUCAUCGGGCGGUGCAGAUAUUGACAUUCGAAUGGGAAAUUGUGUACCACCAAAGACAGUAGCCAAUGGAAUACCCACCCGUUGUGUUAGCCAGCUAAUCUUUUCUGACGAUUUCAAUGGGGGGAAAUUGGACCCAUCCAAGUGGCAGGUCGAGCAUCGUUUCUCCGGCGCCCCUGACUAUGAGUUCAACAUAUACGUGAAUGAUGCAUCACAAACACUGAGCGUUGCAGGUGGACACGUCGACCUGCAGCCCUAUCCCACGAAACGGUUGUACAAACAGAACUUGGACUCUAAACUGGAUCUGGGUCAAGAAUGCACCGGCGAAAAGAACACUGCAGACUGUGUUCGCGAUGCCAGGAACAGGAACAGGCCUGACAAGUUGCCACCCCUUGUGUCCUCAAAGUUCUCCAGCAAGCAGAGCUUCGCCUUUAAAUACGGUCGUGUUGAUGUCCGGGCCAAGAUGCCGAAAGCUAAGUAUUUGGUACCCCAAAUGUGGCUGGAACCCAAACUAAACACUUAUGGCAAGGAUGACUAUCAGUCGGGUCAACUGCGCAUUGCCUAUUCUCGUAAAUCGGCCACAGGUCAGUUGGAUCUCUGGGCUGGUGCCGUGCUGAAUGCCAAGGAGCCUCUCCGAUCAAGCAAACUGUGCCACAAGCUGGGCUCCAACGACAACACUGAGGAUUGGGGAGACAGUUUCCACAAUUAUACUAUGGAGUGGACGCCGCGGGAGAUCAAGUGGCUUGUGGAUGGACAGGAACUGUGCAAAAAGGGCAGCGGUACUGGAGCAUUUAGCGAAACGCGGGUAACCAAUAAACCAUUGCCUAAUGCUGAUGAGCUAGAGAAGGGCAACGGAAUCGCCCCAUUUGACCAGGAGUUCUAUUUGACCUUUGGCCUCAGCGUUGCUGGAUUCAAUGAGUUCUUUUACGACGAGAAGCCAUGGCAUGAAGCGGAGCCCCGUGCAAUGUCUGAUUUCUGGACGGAUAUUAAAUCACAGAAGGAUCAGUGGUUAAGUGAGGGACAGUUUAAAAUAGAUUACGUUAAAGUGUAUGCUUUAUAAACAAAAAACAAACCUUGAAGACCUUAAAGUCUAUCUCAUUUCAACAAUCACUAUUAUUUCAAAAAGAUCAAUAAAAAUGGAAUUUUGAUGAAAAGUA